CAAUUUGAUAUAUAGCCCAACGUUCAGUGUUGAGUAUUUCUGCUCAUAACUCAGAAAAACUAAAAUGCACUGGCUUCAAUUCCCCCCCCUGAGUUAGCCUUCCAGUUUAUUUAUAGUUCAAUGUCCCAAUCUCGUUCCCAGGCCUCCUCCGAAUUUUCUUUGGCACUGAGGGGGAAAUAGACGGGGCAUUUUGCAUAGAUUUCAAUAAUUUCCAGAAAUUUAAGUUUGUUACAAUAUAAACAAAUUCAAUAUGAAAACAAGGUCACUAACAGAGUCAAACUGACAGAAGUUAAGUUGACAGAAGAAACUUUUGGGACCGACAAGUUGGAUAUAUCCAAAACUAUCAAAUGGAUGCGGCAACUGCUAUUGAAAUUGAUGACGUUAGUUUUGAUGUUUGUCCUGUAUGCGAUACUCUGGUAAAGAAAGAGACCUUAGAGCAUCAUGUAGAAGCACAUUUUAAACAUCAAGACAGAAAUGGUAUAAUUACGAUGUAUACGGUAUAAUUAAUGGUAAUUAUAUAUAUAAUUAAUGGUAAUUAUAUAUAUAUAUAUAUAUAUAUAUAUAUAUAUAUAUAUAUAUAUAUAUAUAUAUAUAUAUAUAUAUAUAUAUAUAUAUAUAUAUAUAUAUAUAUAUAUAUAUAUAUAUAUAUAUAUAUCCUAAUUAGUAUUCCUUUGUUGUCAUAUCUUAAGCUAUUCAAAACACUCAAACAUGCGUUUUAUCAUAUCUAAAACACUUGGCUUUGCCCCACACUUGGCUGCGUUUUAAAUAUGAUAAAACACUCCUUUUCGUGUUUUAAAUACUACAUAUAUAUAGGUUAAUUUUUAAACUAUUAAACUGCCAUGUGCCCUCACAUCUGCUUAGUCAAAUGCUAGACAAGGUGCUUUGUAUUUACUGAUUAUAGCUUGUGAAUAAUAGAAGCAUGAUUGUACACUGCACUGAAUACUAUAAGUGUAUGGGGAGCAUAGACUACAUAUAUACCCUGUUACAAUUUAAAUUAAAAACUACCAUGCUUGAAUCAAAGCACAUUGAUAUUGUGAUAGAUACAACUGCAGAGCAGGAAAGUUCAGCUGACACUAUUGAUGUGAGACAGAAGCUUCCAGGACCUCCAUGUAAAAAGACAUGUAGUCAAAGUGACGUUUUGGCAAAUGAAACAAGUGAUGAGAUGCUGGCAAGAGUUUUGCAAGAAGAGGAAAAAUGGGAAAUAGAAAGACAGAAAGAGAAAGAAAAAGAAGAAUUUCAUAAAUUGCAGGUCUUAAUGAAACUAAUUCUAUUAAACCUUUUUUCAUUUACCUAAAUGAGUCCACUCAUAAAAGAGAAAGUGUUGGACAUUGUAGAUUCCCCUAAACAAAAUUGGUCUAAUAAUCUCUAGAAAUUUCCUAGUAACCAUUUGAAUAGAAAUUACUAUAAAUUCAUGUAAAUUAUAAAGUUUUCCAACUGGUGGGCUUUGGGUUGUUAAACUUGAUGGGUGCACUCCCAGCCCUUAAAUACAUUGCCUAGGUGAACUGUGCACAAGACUAUGUCACCAGAAUAUAAUUUGAUCUACCAUCCAAUGCAACUCAUUGUUAACCCAAUACCUUGUAACCUCUACUACUGAGUCUACCAUCCAAUGCAGCUCAUUGUUAACCCAAUACCUUGUAACCACUGGUCAAGCAAGUGUCACCAAAACCUAACAAAUCCAACUAAGUUUCUAACUUAUAAAGAAGAAAUAUAACCCACUAACCAAAGUUUAAGUUAAGUUGUUAUAAUAUUUUUAGCAUAAAUAUGGGAUGAAUUCAGCAUCAGGUUACGCCGACCAAUAUACUCAAUCCUUGAAUAAGGACGUCUCAAAAAAUAAACUGUCAAUGCCUGAAUAUUAUUCAAAGAAAGAAAAAUUGCUUGAUUCACUCUUGUCUGGAGAAGAAAGUGGGGAAACAUGUACCACAGGUAACAGGCACAAAGACUCUAUAUCACUCCUUAAAAACGUACCCAAAUUUCCACGAUUGGUUAAUGUGGUUAGAAAGAACCUUUCUCUAUUGGUAUAAAAUCCUGCAGAAAUUUGCAGUGAUUUAAUCCUUUCAAUUUUUAUUCAGGUGUUAUUAAUCAUUUACAACAACAGAUCAGAACAAAAGGACCAACACCCAACCACUUUGUCAGACUGUGUUGCCCAACAGAUCAUUUCUCAAGCAGUUACGGAGAUAAAAGCUGGGGUUGUGGCUAUAGGAAUUUACAGAUGUUACUAUCUGCUCUAAUUAAAUUAGAACAUUAUAAAGGCGCUAUUUCAAAAGGUAGUUUUGGUUAAGAUUGUAUAAAAAUAGAUACGCUUAUGUAUACAUACGAGCCAUUAUAGAUAUUGUUACAAAUUUGAAUUAUAAUGGUUGCAAAUAUGUACUAGAAAUAUUACAAAUAUAAAUUCGAAUUAUUGCCAAAAAUGAUUUGAAGGUUCUGCUCAAUAUUUAUGAUCUGUUUCAACUUUUCAGUUUGUCAAAACAUUCCUUCAAUUCCCACCAUCCAACAGUUAAUAGAAGAUGCCUGGCGUCACGGUAAGACAAUUAUUUUCAAGACAAGUUCUCUAAAUUCUAAUCAGAGAACAAGUUCUGUUAAAAAUACUAUUGUUUUAGGGUAUGAUCAGCAAGGCGCUGCACAACUUGAUCAUAAACUUACGAAAACGAAGAAAUGGAUUGGAGCGACUGAGAUUGCUGUAGCACUAAAGUUUAUUGGCUUGAGGUACACUUCAGGAUCCUUUUGUUCCAAGAGAACAUUUCCACAAAAUUUUUCAAUUUCCACUGUUGCAAACAGGUCAAACAGAAAUAUGCACUACAACUGGGUAUUAUGUGUCAAAAGAUGUCUUUCUGUUAUAGAGCUCAUAUUGUGGACUUUUAUCAAGCAACGGCAGCAGAUGGAACACACCCGGAACUUUUUGCUUGGAUGAAAAGAUAUUUCUCUAAAGAUUCAGCACAAAGUCCAGUUUACAUUCAACAUCAAGGUAGGAUCAAUGCUAUUGACUGAAUGCUGUCUUUGAUCUAAAAAAUUUUUCCCGGAAAUGUUGGCAAAUAACAUAAAUUCAAGUUUUCAAAAGUGCCCUUUGCCGGGGCAAAAAAUGCAAUUUUAAUGAAAAUUUUUCACGCAAAAAAGGGCACUUUGCUCCCGGAAAAAGGGCACUUGCCAAAACUUGGGGGGCCUGCCCCCCAGUUCCUACGCCUCUGGUGAAGAACAAGCCAUGUUUCAUUCACAGGUCAUAGUCGGUUGGUUGUUGGAUUUGAAGAACGUUAUACGAAGAUAAAAACACAGCAUCUAAUCCUCUUCGAUCCGUCUCAUCCGCCUAAAAAGAUGCAAGAAGUGUUCGGAGGAGAAAGAAAACAAAACACUGGCUUUAAUAUGCUCAGAAAAACUACGAAACAAAUGAAAUCCAAGCAGUACCAAUUGGUUUAUGUUGAUGGAAUUAUGACAGAAGCUGAAAAACAGGUACUAUGGAUAAAUAUGACAAAAAAUAUAAUAAUUUUCUUUCAAAGAUGGUUACGAAUUAAAAUGUUAGUUACGAGGUAAAAAUUGUGGCUUCGAGACACCGCUUUCAGUGUAAAAUUUAUUCUCGAUGAAGAUUAAAACCUAUGAUUAGUAAUCAACUUCUAGUUAUUUUGAGUGAGUUUUUCUUCUUUUCUAGGACAGUAAAACUUUGUCAUCGGUGAGAAUACCAUGAUGUUGGCAAAAUCAGAACGAAACCAAUUGUACAUAGUCAUAGAAAAACUGUUGAUAUUUGAUAAGUUAAAGAUAUUUUCUAUUGUUACUGUAAAAAAUGUUGUGUUACCAAAAAAUAAACUUUUGUAAAUUUUCGUUAUUUAAAAUAAAAACGUAAGGACGGCCUUAGUAAGGUUCUAGAGAAGUAUAUCACAUUACUAUAAACAAGUAGUAUAAAAGGUAUAUGGAAACUUGUUACCGAUAGAGUACAAGGGAGUUAGCCAGAGAAACGCCUGAUUCUUAAUAAGAAAACACGCAUCUUUCACCCUGUGGGCAGAGCCUCCAGAAAGCGAGAGAAAAUGAGGCUCUGCUCGCAGGGUACGUUCUCUGGACCAAGUCAAAUAAACGUAUUAGACUAGGCAGCCGUAGGUUCACACUAUACCAGAGUGAAAUAAUGCCAGCAGAAUUUGGGUGUGUUCACACUACGCCUUUACAGUUUGUUUACAAAUUAAAUUAGCACUCACGUGAACCCAAAAUAUUUCAAAUAGAGCAAAGGAGAAACUUAAAACAAAAAACAUUGAAAUUGACUGUUUUGAGACCCAAGAUGCAUUGGAAUUGACUGUUUUGAGACCCAAGAUGCAAGCGGUACAAAAAAGUAACGGUGUUUGGGUAGAUACCUCAUUUGAUCCUUAUCAGUUUUUGCACCGCAAUAAUUAGAGCUGAUUUUGCUCUAUUUGAGAUAUUUUGCAGUAUUCGGGGUUACAGGUUAGGGGCGGGGUUAGGUAUUAGCCUUGAUACAUAAUAAUAGAGGUCACACCAAGUACAUACAGGCGUUUGUGUUUUACAAGCGCCCCGUUUUCAUCUCGCUCCGUUUAGAAACCGUGCUCAAAUUGUUACGGCAAAAGUGACGUUUUCAAACAAUUUUGCUCCGCCUUAGUGUAAAUAUGACUUUUCUGCGCCGUUUUCAAAUCACUCAGGCGUUGUGUGAAUCACCAUACUGGCAUAUUUCAAGGUAUAAAUUAUGCAUUUAUAUGCUUUGCACAACUCCACACACCUACUAAUUUCAUUCACUUUUCUUUUUCGUAGAAAUCUACAUCUCUUGAAAUUAAAUGUAUCUGUUUUAUAUUCUUCGUUGCCCCUAAUUCUAGGCAUCUCUUUUACUAUUUACACAGUCAACACUCCAAAUGUUUAUAGAAUUUUACAAUUCUUAAAUUAUAGUGAAUAUUUACUUUGCUGGCUUUUAUAUUUCACUUCAAAGCAUUUCUUUCACUUUCAGAGGGGAUCUUCCACUUUCAAAUAAAGGGCGAAUCAUCCACUUUCGGGGCUCACGAAUUAACUCUCUCAAAUUCUACUGCUUUCGCAUUCGGGGGGAACGAUUUAAGGGGGCUCUUCCACUUUCAGGGGUUCGCAUUCUUCUUUCGUUCACUCUCUCUCUUUCACAUUAAUGUGGCUCUCCUGAUCUGGUCAUAAUUCAAUCUUAUGAUCUUUCUAUAUCUUUCUAUGUUCCAUCAAAACUGAAAGCCUUGCUGUGGCAGAUCAACACCUUGUCCAAACUGAAAUUGUCCUUCAUCAGUGGUGGCUUGUGGUGCUAGUUUUUCAUCCUCGUCUUCGGCGUUGAAGAAAUUCUCCAAGAUUUCAAACGUCUUCUUAUAGAUAUCUUCAUUUUCAUGACUUUGAAGGAAUUCAAUUUUGUCCAGACCUGGCCGAAGAAAAUUUACAAAAUAAUGAUCAAAGAAUUAGAUCACAGUAGACAUAGCAAAAAUCGUGAGCCGAGUUGACUUACCAUAACUUUCUUCAACCAUUAAAGCAUAUUUAUUUGGUUCUCCACUUUGUUUGGCAUCAACUUCGCCAACUUUGAGAAUAUUUUCCAGACCAUUGAGUGCAACGCGGAUGAUUUUCAUAUCCAUGACCGUGAGAAGGUCACAUAACGGAGGAAUACAACCUUGAUCGACAAGAUAUCUUUUCAAAUCAAAUCAAAGAUAUUAGUAUAGGAUGCUUCCACAUUUGGAGUUAUAAAAAGAAAUUAAACAUUUCUAAUUGAGUUCUAAAUGAAUUCUUAUUGUUUCCAAUUAUGUAUUCUAAUUGUUGAAAUUGCUUACCUGAUUUGUUCUGGGGUUCCUCCAGAUGUAGCGUUAGUAACUGCCCACGCAGCUUCUUUCCUUGUUUUGAAUUCUGCUUUACCAAGUAUUUCUAUCAACAUUGGAAUGAUGUUUGCAUCAAUCACCAUCUAAACG